GAAAAAGAUAUAUUCUCUCUCGAAAACCCGAACCGAGCGGACGUGUAGCGCGUGCCGCGUAGAUACACAGCCCCAUAGAUACAAUUUCCCCUGGCUCGUAGGUGGUGUGUAUUGCAGCAGAAGCGAAAAAUUCUCUCUGACUGUGAGAGCGUCUCGGUGAAAAUUCAAUAAAACAAAGAGCCAAGUGAAAAUCGGUUCGAAAGCGUCAGGAAAAUUGUCUAGCGAUUCGAGAGGAAAAUCGAAAGAGAUAAAACUGCCAAAUAGGAAAAACUGUGUGCUAAGAAAAUCCUUGUGUGUGCUCUGUGUGUUUGUGAUUCGACUCAUACUCUUUUGUUAAUAUCAAUAAAAAAGUGCAAAAAAAAACAACUUUGUCUGCUGGAAAAGUAUCUAAACCCAAUUAUUCGCAUUCGUUUUAAUUCGAUUGACACAGCAAGAGUGAGAGAGAGGGGGCGACUUAAGGAGAGGCAAAGAGAGAGAGUAUAAGCCAGAGUGGGAGAGAAACAGAUCCCCAACACCAACAUAGAGGAAAUAUAACUGUGCGAAUGGUGGUGGAGCAGUAAGAAGCAGUGGAAACAACAACAACAUCAACGCCACUAACAAUGCAAAUGUAGUGCCGCUCUCCUCUCUUCGCCGCUUUGCUUUUGCGCAGAGAACGCCGGCGAAUUUCCCCAAUUCGCCGCAGCUGUGUGUGUUUGGAAACACCUUGCUCCAAUAUUUUAACACCACAACCCCACCACCACCCCCUUCCACAGAAAUAACCGAUUUUGCACGACCAUCGCUGUUUCAGUCUCAGUUUCGGUUCGCUUCGUGCGCUUUCUGCUGCCCUGCAGCGGAAAAUUCAACGAAAAAUCACUGAGGAACUCUGCAGAAACUCUCAAAAAAAAAACACACAAAAUAGUUAAAAAAGAAGGAAAACCAAAAAGAAAAGAACGGCAACUAUUCCUUGCAUUUUCCAAUGCUGGUUGGCUGCGUUUCACACGCGAUUUCCUCUGUUGCUGCAUUUUCAUCUAAAAUCAAAACCAAAUCCAAGACAACAAGAAGAACGGGUAAAACCAGGAGAACGACAAGAAGAAGAGGAGCAGCUUCAGCACAAGGAGACGAAGAAGAGGAAGCAUCAGCAGCAGCAGCUCCAACAUUGUCGCCGCGACGUCAGCGUCGCUGCAGCGCAGCAGCUUCAUCAGCUAGCCAUGAACUACAACUACAACUACAUCUGCAUCAGCCCCAGCAACAACAACAGCAACAACGAAGGCAGAGAAGAACAGGACACGCAACAGCAGCAACAGCAGCAGCAUCAGCAUCAGCAGCCACAUCAGCAACCAAUGCAGGCGGCACUAAGGACAGCGAGCUCCAGCUCUAGCUCCAGCAGCUCCACGUCCACAUCCAAGACGAGAGCAGGAACAACGUCGUUAAUCUAUUUACCGCCUUUCUGCUAUCCAUGUAAGCAUGUGCCUGCGGCCGGCACCAGGAGUCGGAGUCGAAGCCAGACUUUGGGCCACGGCAGCUGCUGUUGUCCGACCGGCUGGGAACAUAAAAAUUAUGAUAAACAUGCUUCAGCGGCGACGUUGACACCAGCAGCAGCAACAACAACUAUAACAACAGGACCUGCAGCGGCAACAAUGUCCUCCUCUUCUGUCUCCUCCUCGCGGACUGGUAAAUUCCUGCUGCCGGGUAUUCAGUUACCCGUGGCCGCAGCGGGGCAUAGCUGCACCGAUCUCCGGCAGACGUCGCAAUUAGUUAUGCCCACUAUUGCUAGCGGGGACAUGGAGGUGGAUGGCGGCGUCUUGGAAUGUGGCAAGCGAUGCUGGCGACGUGAGCGAAUCCGGCGCGAAGGACCAAGUCAUGCGUCUGCGGCGUCGCUGGCCCAGGUAAAUCCAAUCAGCACUAGCCCAGCAACAAUAGAAGGAGCAUCAGAAGGAGAAGCCGAAGUGGCGGCAACGAUAACCGCGCACAAUUCGCAAACAACGACAAAAACAACGGCAAGGGGCACAACUGGUGCAGCAUUGCCGCAUGAUGAAGAGAAUGAUGAAUGUAGGUGCUUUAACUAUAACGGUGAUAUUAGUCUGGAUCGGCGGGGCGAGGCCGCGGAACUUUCCGGCAUUACGUGGCUGAUGUUCUUGUGGCAGCAUCUGCUGCCGGGCAACGGAAACAACACCCUUACCCAUACUCCAACUCGACCCCACACCCACAGCCACGAAUCCAGCUUCCCAGCGGGGACAACAACGAAAACAGCAAGCAGCAGGAGCAGGAGCAGGAGCUGCGCCAUUACGUCGACAAAAAGUUGGCUGGGACCGCUGCUAAUGCUGCUUUUGGCCACGUCCGUCAGCGGCUGGGGCGGUCGGCAAGAUGCGCCCACAAAUUGCACGUUUCCGGCACGAUGGGAGGGCUCCUGGUUCCUGUCCGGCUAUCAGCAAUCCAUACACAUCAAGGGCUCCCAGUUCAGCUAUCGCGGCAGGUGUGCGGCCUCCGAUGGUAACAAAUAUCUGAUUGUCGACGAGAAAGGAUGUCAUCGUUGCCUGGUUAUCUAUGAGAAGCAUAAAAAUGUGCUCCAAUAUAAAGAAAGUGAGUGCGAAGGUGAUAGUAUGUAUAUGCAUCAGUCGAACCCAUCUGCACUGGCGAUGCGUAGCUCUAAUAAACAAAGUGAUCAUAGGGGGGGAGCUCAUCCCAAUACGAACGGGCAUUCAAGACUAUCUUCAUCGGAUCAGUACAUAAUGAGAUCCAAUGACGAUAUGAAUGAUUACUUUUGCAAGGGCCGUGAGACUUUACAGAAUCUCUGCGACCAGAUACCGGGCGAUGCCCUGCUCUACUCGCUUUUCCGGGAGAGCGCCGAGCCGGUCAAGUGUCCGCUCAAGGGACCCUUCAUAUUCACGUAUAAUCGGGGCCAUGGGGAGUGCAAGUCGCCGGUGUCCAACAUUGAGAGCUGCACGGAGGAGAGUCGCCUCCUGUUGAGCUUCCAGGCCUGCCCCGAUGUCCAGGGAACCGAGAGUACGGUCGAGGAGCUGACUUGCCUGGCAACCUGGAAGGAUGGCAACUCACGCUAUUUGGUCGGCCUCGUCUCGCACCAUCAUGCCAUUUCGAACGAGGAGCGCUAUCGCUGCUUUGUCUACGAGAAAAUCUCCUCGCUGAUGGGCGGCCCCAGCUUGCCCAGCUCGAAGGAUGCCGAAUAUAAGCUGGCCCAAUCCGGCGACGCCACUUGCAAUGGCUUAGACAGUGCCGAGGUUGGCUCACGUAUCAUGUCGCUGCGAAAACCCCCCAUUGCUGAACGCUGCGACUUCCCGGCCUGGUUCAAGGGUCCACGCCACUGGCAUGCCCUCAUGGGCAAUGCCGUCUACAAUUAUCAUUCCAACGACGGGUCCGUGCACAUUAUUAAGCCCAACGGCUAUAUGGAGACACGUGCGCUCUGCGAGCAAAUAAAUAAACAGACCCCGACCGAAAUGAUGGCCGUGGUGCACUACACCACCGGGUGCCAAUCGGGAUUCAUGUGUAUGAUGUUCUACCGCCGGGACACGUUCGUCAUCGAGAUACAGACGGGCAAGCCGGCCAUUCGCCUGGAGGAUGCCUGUGCACCGGAUCACUUUGACAUCAAUAAGAUGGCCUACAUUACCUUGCUGGCAAGCAAUCCGGACCUGGCCAUUUGCCCCAUGGAGGGCAUCUACACGCUACGUGGUGCCAUUGGACCACCGUAUCUGGCCACGCGCCACAAGCGCAAUCACAAUGGAAAAUCGCAUCUGGGCCAUGGACAUCAUCACCACGAGGCUGCUGACUCGGGAAAUUUCGGGCAUAAAGGACACAGUUCGCUGAGUUUUCGAAACGCGGAGCGCAUGGAGCGCGGCUCCUGGCAUGCCAAUACUCGAGGCCUUCCAGUUCGUAGUCGACGAAACGCACCCAAGGAUCCGCAGGAACAGAAACAGCAGCAGCAGUCGCUGGUCCUGGAAAAGGUCAACAGCAGCGAUACAAGCGUGGGAUUUGUGGCCACGCGGAAUAGACGAGAUGUCCCGGGCUGUGUGCCCAACUACAAUGCCCAGCGGCAGCUAUGGGUGGGUUGUACAGCGGAAAAUUUGAUAGACGUCAGUCCGCUGUGCAGUGUUGAUGGCGAAGAGGAAUACUCCUGUCAUGGAUCCUGGAGCGAGAACAGCACCUUCUACAUUAUAGCCCGCCACAAGGGCAGCAAGCACGGAGUCUGUCUGACCUACCGACCCACGGAGGGCACCGCUGCCAAGCUGGUUGUGGGCGAUGCCUGCUAUCGCGGCACACAGAAGCCACCAGAUCACCAUCUAGAGGCCAAUUUGUCAGUUUUGGGUAAAUGUGGCGAGACUGGAGCUAGUGCCGCACAAACUCUUCUGGUCAACUGGCUGCUCCUGGUGGCGAUGGCCUCAUGGCUACACCUGCACAGCUGAGGGAGAAAUGGCAGGGACUACGACUUGAUAUAGGCAGCUAAGCGUGAGAAGCCAAAGCGCUACGUAUACAUCACUAAAUCCCCGAAACCAAAACCCAUUAUGAUCGACAUGUAUCAAGACACAUCUAAGACUUAUUGUAUAUUUCGUGUAGUAUGUUUAAGGCGAAAUCGAACCACUUGCACUGGUUUGGCUGUAUAUAAUGUAUUGUUUUUUCUUUAGUAAUGAUACACACUUUUGUUUAGUUCUAAGUGCUUAAAAUAAAACAAGAUUUCGAUAAAUUAAGACGAGCAGGAUGCUCUGCCACACAAACACACAGACACAAUAUGGAAAAUGGUUUGCAAUACAGCCUUAGAGAUCAGCGCUAUUUGUAUUAGGCCUAGUUAAACGCGUCUAUUACUAAAAGUAGCGCCACUAUUAAAGCAAGUAUGCUGCGAAUGCUAUUUAUUUAUAGUACGAAUAUCCAUUAAGCAUUGAAAACAUAAAACCAACCAGAGGAAAGACAUCACAACUAUACGAAUACAAGCUAAAAGCUUCUUCGUUUUGUUUUUUUUUUAAACCAUCUUGUAGUGUGUUUUAUGGCAUGUAUUUUUUAUAUAUAAUUUCCGAAAUGUUUCCUACAACAAAGUACAUAUGAAACACACAGGACGAAGGCAGAACAUUUUAAGCUUAUAUAUAUAUAAACAUAUAUAUGAAAAUGAAAUGGAUUUCGCGAUGCUUUCAAAAUGUACAAACAAGCAGAUGACGGAUGAUUAUUAUGCAGCGUACAGCGGCGCAUAAAUAAAUAUGGCAUAAAUAUACAAUAUAUUUUUAUGUACAAAAAAGCAAAAUCGUACAUACAUACAUACAUGAGUAUAUAUAAUGAAUAACGUUUUGCAUAGGAUCGCAUUGGUUUCAUAAUACAUAAUUAAUACCUUGCAAAGUACGCAUAUAUUGUAUGAUUCAUUGUAAUAGUUAUAUAUAUAUAUACUGGCAGGCAGACAUACAUACCUAGGGACUUAAGGGAAAUAAAAGUGAGGAAUUUGAGCAACUUUGAUAAGUAGAGGCACACCACUUUCAUAAUCAAUCAACUAACUUUGUAAGACACAAAUACAAAUACAAAUCAACUCACGACUCAACCAAACGAAUGAAAGACAGAUGGUGUCGGAUCGGUAGCGAAGGAAGCUAAAAUAAUUAGAGUGUUUAAGACAAUUAAGCGGUGAUAUAGGUCUAGAAUAAACAACUGUGUAAAUCUCUGAUAGAAGCACAACAGCAACUGCAUUAGCAGAUGAACGAUGAGAACAGCCGGACAGCAUCUGCUAGAGUUUAAUGAAUGAGGAAUUAAUGAUGAUCAAGUGUAUCCAAAGGAUUUCAAAAACUAGCAUUUUUCUCUCGAUGUAGUAAAGCAAGCAAGCAAGCAUUUUGCCCAAAUUCCAAAACCGAAAACCUAAGCGAACUAAUAACGAGUAACGACUAACGAGUAACCAAUUAAGGAGUAGCGAGAACAUAAGCAGGACGAUAGAAACAGAAAGAGAGAGAGACAGAGAGACCCCUUCAAGGCAACUAGUCAAAAUUUAUGAAGCGUAACUUUGAGUUCCAUGUAAAUAGCGAAUGUAAUGCGAAUUGACCCCCGGUACGCGGUACGGUGUGAGUAUACAUAUGUAACUAAUUGCUAGUUAGCUAAAGGACGAAACGAGGAUUGUGGCUAGGGUACCGACGACUUGCUGGGCAGGACACGAACAUGCUUGGUGGCGUCGAAACAUAAGGGUUACUUUCUAAGUACUACGUAUACAUUCAGCAAACACUUAUAUAGUAAUACGAAGAUAAUGAAUUAUAAACUCGAACACCAGGUCGACAUCCAAAUAGGAAUACACACUAGGAAUGGAAUGGAACAGAACGGAAACGAAAACGAAGACGGAACAAACCGGAAGCAGAAGCAGAGCAGCACUCCAUAUCGUUGUGGCCAGACAAAUCAGUAGUCGUGAUGUACAAAAUGUACAAUGAUGAUCGGACGGAGUAGCAGCCUCUGUGCUUGAACAUUUUUUUGAGUGUACCUCUCUCUAAAUAGGCAUUUCCAUUUGUUGUCAGCUUUUAAAACGUAAAUACGAGCAUAUUAAAUAAUAAUAAAUGCAUUUUAAAAAACGAACAAAACCGAAAGACACACGAAUCAAGCGAAAUAUUAAAUAAUACUUCAAGUUUUAAGCCCAUCCUCCAUCCAAAACAGGACUCAAAUUCCUUUUGGUAGCCGCUUUAAUGGUUUAUUUUGCAAUUGUUAAACUGAGACACUUUACUCUUCUCCCACUGCCCCAUCCUACCUAUAACCCUUUUUCGAUUUCCAACUUAGCUCCAGAUCCUGCCUUAGUUGUCUACUUGUGUCAUUGUCAGAACCUUAGCGUGUUAUUGAUGUUCCAAACGGUCUCCACAAAAUGUAUUCGAAUGUUUCUAAAAACUGCUAAUUAAUUAAAAGAAAAAUGAAAAAACAAAAACAUAAAACCAAACCAAACAUAAACGUGCAAACAUAUUUUUGUAAAUAGACAAAGCAACGCUUGAAUUUUUAUCCAGUUUUUGUGUAUGGCCAACUGCAGUCGACUUAUGUGUGAUGGGCGGUCGGGCUCAGCUUGUGGGCGUGGCUGCUCCAUCUGAAUGUGAACGCUAAGCAUUAGAUAUAAGUGAUUUUUAUAUUCAAAGCGAUUUUAUAAAUCAUUUUAAUUGUCUAUUUUAACGAGUGCAGCAAGCAGAAAUCUGAAAUCAGAAAUCACAAAUUAAACAAAACAAUUUAUGCCGUCGGUUUAGUUCAUGUGUGUGAAGAAAAAUGUAUGCAAUUUUCGUCAAUAAUUGAAUGUUUUGAAUACUGUGUUCUUACCUUGUUUGGAAUUGUUUUUUAAGCUAAUAUAAAUACAAAUACAAACUAAUUAAAAAUAAA